CAUGUAUUGAUUUGAUGUUGCGAGGGUGAACAUAAUGUCUUAGAAGUUCAAACUUCGCGAUAGUGAUUGUAAAGAAUAUUAUUAAAUUCAUUUAUAUAAAAUGUCUCAGCAAGAAUCAAUAUAUGAUUUAGCUUAUCGUGGUAAGACGUCAGAUGUGAAAAUUCUACUUAAUGAAACUGAAUCUUUGAAAACACAAACAGACGGCAAUGGACGAAUGUUGAUACAUUGGAGUGCUUUAGGCGGACACGAUGAUCUAGUUAGAUAUUUAUUAUCUCUCGGUGUACCGGUUGAUCCAACAGACGACACGAAUAUGACACCAUUAAUUUUGGCAGCCUCUGCUGGACGAGAAAAAGUUGUUAACACUUUGCUUGCCGAAAGUGCAAAUGUUAAUGCAAAGACUGUGGAUGGACAUUCGGCAUUGCAAUACGCAGCAUCGAAAAAUUGGAAGUCAAUAUGCGUUGCAUUGCUCGAAAAAUAUGCGGAUAUAAAUAUCACUGACAAAAGAGGAGCGACUCCUAUGCACAGAGCUGCUUCAAAAGGAAAUAUUGCAAUAGUUAAAUUGUUAAUAGAAUAUGGAAAAGAUUUAAAGAUAGAUCAAAAGGACGCAUAUGGAAAUACCGCGUUGCAUCUAGCUUGCGAGGAAGAUCGUUUGGAAGAAGCAAAAUUGUUGGUUAUAAAUGGCGCCGAUAUAACGUUAACCAACAAAGAACGCAAAACACCAUUAGAUCUGGCGAGUCCUAGAUUAGCUCGAACGCUUAAACAACUAAAGGAAGACCCGAUAACAACUUAAUGCUUUUUUUGUUAUAUGUCAAUUAUACUUGAAUGUAUUGAUUGUCUGUUAUGGAAAAAAAAAGAAAAAAAAAAGAAAAAAUAAAUAAAUAAAUAAAACAAUA